AUGUCUUGGCCUGCUGUUUCAUCUUAUUUUAAAUACCAAGGAGAAGAAAAAUGUCAUCAAGUCAUAUGGAAGUUUGUCAAAAAUAUUGACACGACAGAAAUGACCGAUUUGUCACGCAAAGUAACAUUACCAGAAUGCUUUUUGUACUUUAUUCACCACUACAUGAAUAUACUAAAUGAGGCAAUACUCGAGACAAAUUCCGUAACAUCCGUUGACUUACACAAUGUUAUGCAAGGUCUAAAAGAUAAAAUUGAAAAUCGAUUGAAUUAUUCAUUUUAUGGUGCAAAAGUUACGAGAAGUAUUUCAUCACUUCAAGAAAGUGAGCUAGUAAUGUUUAAAAAAGAAGCUAAUUAA